GACUACAACUCCCAAGGAGAACCGGGAUCAGAUACGGUCCAGCAUCAAGGACAGGGAAGCCAUUUAAAGAGGCCGCGCCAUUCGGCUGCUCUGUUGGUCGUGUUGUCUGGCGACAACAACAACCACAACGACGGGCACUGGGCUUCAGGCAUGAACCUCUUCUGCUUCACGCUGGACGGCUCCACAGACAACAUCUAUGAGCCUCCAUACCACAACCAGUGCAUCCAGGGAGUCCUCCCCGGGUCUAGCUACAGCCCUGCCGUGCUGAGGCGGACACCAGACUGGGGCGGAUCGGACCCAUGCAUCAGCUCUAUUCAUCUCUCUCCAGCCAAACAAAAAAUACAGAACAGGAGAUCACACAAUCCACAUUCAGCCUUGGAACAUAAAGACAGUGGAGAAGGGGAUGAUAACACUGUAGAACUGGUCUCUGGAGGAGCAGACAGAGACCUGCCAACUCAGAAAACCGCGGCGUCGUCCGCCGACAGCCCCCUCAUGUCUUGCAUGGGAUUGGUCAGACGGAGCGGGAGACACUCUACUCCAUUGCCGGGGCAACGGCCUCCAAGCCAAGGUAAACACAAAAAGGGUAGGGUUGGAGACGAGGAAGAGAGACGGGAACAAGAAGAGGAUGAAGGAGAUGGAGGAGGGAGACUGAAGAAGAGAGGUGGUCCUCCCUGUCACUACUGGAGUCCCGGGGAUCCUCCCCAGACGGGGACAGCAGCCUCCGUCCACACCACAACACAACACCGAGUUCCCCCUGAGCCCUGGGACUACGUCUAUCACGGGGCCCUAGUGUCCAGGAUUGCACAGUGGGAUCCGAGUGAGGGGGUAGCAGGCGUUCAGAAGAGCCAACGAGCAGCUAAAGGAUCUUCUCCAUCACCGGCUCGUCCGUCCCUGAGAGAUGAAGAAGACGCUGCGGAGUCCCCUAGUGGGGAGCAGAGGGCCAGGAGCCAGGACCAGGUCAGCAGGGUUCAUGUGUCACCUGGAGGACAGCAGAGGCGUUCCAGUAACCUGUCAGAAAGCCUGGACAGUCUCAACAGUGGACAAAGCUCUUCCAGCGGCGUCACCAGCGGCUCCAUCUGCUCCAGCAACAGAAACAGUCUGAGGGCCGAGGAGGACCUACUUCCCCCGGCGCGCUCCUGCGCCCGAGCCAGGGUCCACACCGACUUCGUGCCCAGUCCGUAUGACAUGGAGUCGCUGAGGCUCAAGGUGGGAGAUGUGAUCGACGUGAUCGCCAAACCCACCAUGGGCAUAUGGAGAGGAAUGUUGAACGGCAAUAUAGGAAGCUUCAAGUUUGUCUACGUGGACAUCCUGGAGGACAGGGGGUCCGAGAAGUGCCUGAGCCAUAGACCGGGCUCCAAACCCAGACCGGACAGUCUGGAGGAGCUGCUGAAGCAGCACAGCUUGGGGGAGUGCAGCAGCAUCCUUCGUCUUCAUGGUCACCAAGAGGUAGAGGACCUGGCGAGGCUGAGGGAUCGCCACCCGGCCGAGCUGAACGAGAUCUGUCCAGAUAACAGACGUCGGUUGCUCGCCGCCGCAGAGUCGUUACAAGAACCACAACGUGGUCGUGAACGGCACCAGGGUUCUGAGACCCCCAGUGAGAGGAGCAUGAUGGAUGUAGAGUCCCGGCCCCGGGACUCUGGAUGCCACAUGCCUUCAGACUGCUCUGAUAACGGCAGAGACGACUCAGAGAUAAACUUCCUCAACAUUUCUUCUCCGACACUGGAUCAGAUAUCAGCGGUGUGAAAUAAACUAUGCUUU